AUGGCAAGCCAAGAGAGAAGCGUCCUGGUCCUGUAUGGGUCAGAAACAGGCAAUGCCCAGGAUAUAGCCGAAGAGCUUGGCCGGCUGUGCCAGAGGCUCCAUUUCGAGAGCCAUGUUGAGGAGCUUGAUGCUACAGAUCUUAAUGCUCUACUACAGCACCAGCUCGUCAUCUUUGUCAUCUCAACAACCGGCCAGGGUGACAUGCCUCACAACUCGCUCCUCUUUUGGAAAAAGCUCCUGCGGAAAAAGUUGCCACCAAACUGCUUGAGUCGGUUGAGGUACACUUGCUUCGGCCUUGGCGACAGCACGUAUCUCAAACUGGACCAGCUUGGCGCUGCCACAUUCAUCGACACUUAUGAAGCAGAUGAACAAUUUCCAGAUGGCAUCGACGGUAGUUUCAUCAGAUGGGCUGAGGACCUGAAAAAGCACCUCCUGGAGCAUUACCCACCUCCGUCGGGCUUGGAGCCCAUCCCCGAGGACACCAUUCUUCCUCCCCGCUGGUCUCUUGGCCCAGCUCUAAAUGCUCUCUCUGAAAAGAUUCAGGAGAUUAAUGUGUCUUCUCUUUCAAUAAACCACACCAAUGCCACGCCCACGGAGCCCAACCUGCCACCCCCAGGUCUCUUGCCGAUACCAGCCGGAUGGACAGCAACCCUGACACAGAACGAAAGAUUGACGCCGCAGGAACACUGGCAGGAUGUCCGCCUCGCCUCAUUCGACAUACCCGCUCAUCCAUCUGGUGAAAGGGUCAGAUGCGUCCCGGGAGACUGCCUCACGCUCUACCCAAAGAACUUCCCGCAUGACGUUCAGAAGCUGAUUGACCUUAUGGACUGGAACAGCGUCGCCGACAGGCCGCUUGACCUGUCGGCCUGCAAGUCCCUUCCGCACAACCUGUACGCUCCGGCAUCAUGUACGCUCCGCGACCUGCUCCUCAACAACAUCGACAUAACCGCCAUCCCGCGCCGCUCCUUCUUGAAGAAUAUGUCCUACUUCUCGUCUGACGAGUACCACCGUGAGCGGUUGCUCGAAUUCAACAUGCCUGAAUACAUGGAUGAGUACUUUGACUACGCCACGCGCUCUCGCCGCAGCAUCAUCGAGGUCCUCGACGAAUUCACCUCGGUCAAGAUCCCGGCGGAGCGUCUCCUCGACGUCUUCCCGCUCAUCCGCGGCCGCGACUUCAGCAUCGCCAACGGAGGUACAAGUGCAGUCCAUCCCUCACACGAAUCAUCCACCAGAGUCGACCUCUUGGUCGCCAUGGUAAAAUAUCGCACCAUCCUCCGCAAGCCCCGGGAAGGCCUUUGUUCCCGUUAUCUUGCCAGCCUCCUCCCCGGCGCAACCCUCCGCGUCUCCUACAAGCAUGUCCUCUCGCCCAUCCACGGCACCGCCAAUGCCCAGAGGCCGCUCAUCGCCAUGGCCACGGGCACCGGCGUCGCUCCCGUGCGGUCCCUCAUCCACGAACGCCUUACGCAUCCAUUCCCAGCACCCAUGAUCAUUUUCUUCGGCAACCGUAACCGCGCAGCUGACUACUUCUUCGAGGACGAGUGGCGUGCGCUCGCGGAAGAUGCAGCCAAGAAAAACUCUCAGCUGCUCGUCUUUACGGCCUUCUCAAGAGACCAGCGCGAGAAGAUUUACGUCCAAGAUCUGGUUCGCAAGGAAGCUCCCCGGCUGGAGAAGCUGAUUCCUCAGAGGGCCAUUUUUGCCGUCUGCGGAGGCUCCACGAAGAUGGCCGAUGCAUGCAAACGCGCCGUCUUUGACCCUUUUACUGAAAAUGGGGACGAGGAGACUCGUAAGGAGAUGUUGAGAGCAAUAACAUGGUGGCAGGAAAUUUGGUGA